AUGGCCAAAUCAAAGAACCACACCAAUCACAACCAAAACAAGAAGGCCCACAAAAAUGGUAUCCACCGACCUUUGCGUUGCCGAUACCCCUCCUUGAAGGGUGUUGACCCCAAAUUCCGAAGAAACCAGAAAUUUGCCAAACACGGGACCCAGAAGGCGCUUGCCGCCGCCCGAGCGGAGAAGGCAUAA